UCAUCAUCAUCAUCACCAUCACGAACAAAAGUUGCCUUAACAGUGCUGUUCCAUUCAAGCUGCGCUGUCUCGGUGACCUUGAUCUCCAAGUCCGCACUUAAUGGCAUAGAGGCACCUGUUUCUCUGCUUGCACUGCAAACAUUCGUACAAGUCGUGCUUCUGACCCUCGUUGGAAAACCACUCGGAUGGAUCAAGUUCCGUCGUCCUCUUUCUGCUUGGAAGGGAUUGAUACCUUUGAUGCUCGCACGUCUGAUCGGAAUCCUUGCAAAGACCUUCUGCCUGGCUAGUGUCGAUGCUUCUCUAUACCAGAUCGCAAGGGGCUUACUUUUGCCAUUCACCUUGCUCCUAUCCCAUUUCUUCCUUCACCCUCCACCAUACAACCCACCGCUUUCUCUGUUCGGAUGCGGCAUGAUCAUGAUGGGCUUCGCCACUGGAAUGAUCACAGACUUGGGCGCUAUGCUCACGAGCAUCAAGGGGCUCCUGUUGGGCGUCGGGUCCAGCUUCACCACUGCUGUUGAAAGCGUGGUAGUCAAGCGCUUCCUCACAAAAGGCGACGAGGGAAUGUGGCAAAUGGUAUGGAUGACAAACUGCAUGGCUCUAGUCUGCUACUUCCCUCUCUUCAUCAUCUCUGGCGAGUACACGGUCUUCUCCGGCCUCUACAACAGCGCGGUGGACCUCGAUGUCGCCAAUGCUGUCGCUGCUGCUGAGGCCUCUGGUCAACUCCACGCUUUCUUGUACACCGCUACCGCCACAGGUGCUGCAAGUUUCCUCUUGACUCUAGCAACCUUCCUGCAGAUCUCUGUCACCAGCCCAACAACACACAUGAUCGUCACAGCCGCGCGUGGUGUUGCUCAAAGCGCUCUUGCUGUGCUGAUUCUCCGCGAAGCUGUUACCAUUGGAAGAGUCUGGGCCAUGGUCUGCAUCUUGGGUGGUAGUGCAGUGUAUGCAUGGGGCAAAGACAGAGUCAAGCAACGUGCCGAGAAGGCCGAUGGCAGAGGCAUCUACGAGAAGCUGGAUGAGAUGGAAGCUAGAGAGUCAGAGGAGGACGUUGAGUUGAGGAAGGUCUAA